AUGCCUCUGUCGACCCAGUCGCAAGCCGACGAUGAGCAGUACGUGUUUGUGGCCAGUCUGGAUAAUGCUCGCAACCUGUCCAACAUACUGAAGUCGAUCACGUUCAAAGACAAUGCCAUCUUCAGCGCUACACCCAACGGGCUGAAGGUGACUGUGGAGGACUCCAAAUGCAUGCAAGCUAAUGCCUUCAUCCAGGCUGAUAUCUUCCAAGAGUUCACAAUAAAGGAAGACUUGGUGGGCUUUCAGGUCAACCUCACCGUGCUGCUGGACUGCCUCAAUAUCUUUGGAGGGAGCACGGUACAAGGAGUGUCCACAGCCUUGCGGAUGUGUUACAGGGGCUACGGUUACCCUCUGACCCUGUUCCUGGAGGAGGGCGGCGUAGUGACCGUGUGCAAGAUCAACACACAAGAACCAGAAGAGCCUGUUGACUUUGAUUUCUGCAGCAACAACGUCACAAACAAGGUGAUCCUGCUGUCAGAGAGUCUGAAGGAAGCCUUCUCCGAACUGGACAUGACCAGCGAGGUGCUGCAGAUCACCAUGUCCCCCAGCCAGCCAUACUUUAGGUUGUCGACGUUUGGCAACUCUGGAAACGCCCAUUAUGAUUAUCCCAAAGACUCCGAAAUGAUGGAGCUGUUCCGAUGCACCACGACACAAACUAACAGGUACAAGAUGUCCCUGCUGAAGCCGUCCACCAAAGCCCUGGCUCUGUCCUGUAAAGUCUCCGUGAGGACGGACAGCAGGGGCUUCCUCUCUCUGCAGUACCUGGUCAGGAACGACGACGGACAGAUCUGCUUUGUAGAAUAUUACUGCUGUCCUGACGAAGAGGUGGAGGAGGAGUGAUUACAGUCCUUUAACUUCCACUUUAAAUGAGAACCUUAACCUUCCGUGGUGGCCAGUCACAUUGAAGAAGAAGAAGAGGCAGUGCAGCCAGUGGAUGUACACGGGAAAAAAGCUGGAAUUGAAGGACAUAAUGGAAAAAGGACAAAGUGGCAUUGGUGGAGAAUCAACUGGAUCAACAGUCCUGUAUGAGUGGAGCACUGAUACUGGUUAGUGGAACUAUAAUGUCACCUAGCUUGUCUUAUGUACAUUAGUGCAGUUCAGACCACUUUAAUACUGAGUUCAUAAUUUCAUAAUGGUAUGUACAGUUACUGUAUAUUGUGUUGUAAAUAUGGAGAGACCUGGGUUUGUUUUCCAGCACUUGCCUUAAACUAAAUUAAUUUAUACUGUUCACGUUUCA